AUGCCGUUUGAGGCCCCCGAAUCUCGGAUCAUGACUGCACCUAACCCUGAGGACACCAGCUCCUUUGCAUCAAUGGAAGACCCCUUCGUUUCGAAUGGCGGACGGCCAGCUCCACGCGACACCCACCGAUAUUCCUCAUUCGAUACGCAACUGUUCAGCCUCAAUGCGUCUUCGCCAGCCCAGGCUAAACGGGCCCUUGAGGCUCAUUUGGCGGAGACUGAACGUCGGUUGGAGGAAGCCUCGAAAUUGGGUACAGCCCUCAUCGAUCAACAACAGCAGCUAUCGGAGCAGUUGAAGGAGGUCGAGCAACAGCAGGAUGAGGGAGAGAUGGGCCCAGAAUUGCGACGUAAACUCGCGGACCUGGAGAAGGAGUAUAAUGAGAUCGGUCGUGAAUCGGCACGGGCAUUUUUGGCGCCCAAACGCCUGGCAGGUGGAGAGGAGGCUCAGCUUGGAACGCCAUCUUUUGAUCAAAAGUCACCUCUAAGCCCCGCUUUGUUCGCCAGUCAAGCCACGAACUCCCCAAGCAAAGUCAGUGUUCCAUCUCGAAAGCAGCGCAAUCAACAGUCAAACCGCGUCCACGAUAUCGAAUUUGCGACUGAGAUCUCCACCUCUCUUUUGGCCCAAGUCCGCCAGCUACAAGCUCUUCUCGCAGAACGGGAAGAGACGCUCAAGUCUGUUAAUCUCGAAAAGUCUCGGCUUGAGUUGGAGGCUGAAGGAUAUGGGCAACGGAUCCGGGCACUCGAUGAUAGCGAGCAGCGCUACAAGGAUGAGAACUGGGCGCUGGAAACGCAAGCGCAUGAGUUGAUGGCGGCUGCUAGAGAAGCUGCAGAGCGUGAGGGUCGACUCAAUACUUCGCUGACCGCGUCGACUUCUGAAAAGAAUGCCAUUGAACGGGAAUUGGAGGAACUGCGGCAAGUCAACUCAAGACUAAUUGAGGACCAGAACUUGAUGCAAAAGGCGAACGAUGCAGAAAUCCAUCUUCUGCGCCGGAAUCUGAAUUCUGGCGAGCUGGAGAAGUCUGCCUUGCACAAGAAGCUCGCGGAAAUGACAGCUCAGAAUCAAGAGCUUGCAAAGGCUGUUGCCAUGCGUUUACGGCAGCACGAAAGCCAGGGCAGCCGGGAUAUCGCGUAUAAUGAUGAUGGUGAUGAGCCGGAGCAACUCACACCAGAAAGUUCCCCGCCACCCUCCCCCAACAAGUUCACUCCUCGACAUGGCCACCUGGAGUCUGAGACCCUGAAGAGCUCGCUUGGUCACGCUCACCGCAUGAUCCAAAAUCUCAAGAGCACCAUUCACCGUGAGAAGACCGAGAAGAUCGAACUCAAGCGCAUGCUGCAAGAUGCUCGUGAUGAGGUUGAGACACGUCGUCGUGAAACCGCUGCGCCAAACGGAUCAACCAAGCGCCAGAAGACCAAGACAGAUUCUUCCCGAAAGCCUCCUCGUCCAGAUCUUCUGGGCGCGGGUCGCAAGGAGAAGUCCUUUGUCGAACUUCAUGAUACCGAUUGGGAAGACAAUGCUGGUCAGAUCAGUCCUACUCACAAGCCUGCCAUGACCAGAUCGAUGGGUCGUCCUGGCGCAGAGUCUCCCGACGAGCCCAGUGAUGUUUACCAGACAGCCACUGAAGCUGAAGACGGGUUUGAGACGGCAAAUGAGCGGGCAACCGCAACGGAGAGCGAAGCGUUCCAGACCGGUGUGGAAAGUAUGGCGGAUGACAGCAGUGACUCGGCAGACCUGACUGAAACCGAAAACAAUGUCCAAACAACUCCACGCAGCCGAGUUCCCACCUCACUGAUGAUGUCCAAGACUCGUGAUCGCGAUUGUUAUCACAGCACGGCUUCCGCAUCGACCGAUGACGAGGACUAUGAUUCAGGAUUCCCCUCCCCGAGCCAAAGACACAUCACCCGUCCUCGGGUCAAGUCUAAGCGAAGCAUGUCAAGACGCAUUCGCCCAUCCGGGGAGGCGCCAUUCGCCUCAACUAGUCGGCCCUCUAGCUCGCGUGAAUCACCGGCACCUAUCUUUGAGCAAGCACCAACAUCACAAGAGGGCCAGAGCCUCUUUGCUGAGCUUGCUGAGCUCGGAAGUGGCGAUGAAGACGGGCAAACAUCUCAGGCUUCUACUCCGCGCAUGGAAGCUACAGCUGGUUCACGUAGACCUUCGGAUGCUAUGUUGGACGCGCCGCCUAAGCCUAUCAUGGUCGACUCUGGUGUGAUGACUGAGGCCUGGGAGCCUACGCUUCCCACCGGUGCCAAUGUCGCUGCUGUAGCCGCUCUUCCUAGCACUCCGACUCAGCCAAUGGCAAACAGAGGAAUCGCCGAACAAGCUCCAGCAACCCCAAGGCUGGUCAGUGCAGGAACACAGUGGACACCGCACAAGCCCUCGACUGAGGAUGGUGAUCAUUUGACUAAUGUUCCUACGCCGCCAAAGAUGCUCUGGGAUGAAAGUUCAGUUCAUGAAGCGAACGUCCAACCUGAGUUGCCAGAAAUGGGCAUUGCAGAUAUUUCGUCCGAACACACCAUGCCUCAGACCCCCAAGCGUCCUGGGCUGAGUGUUGCCUACAUCAAUGGCAGUAUUACAGCUCCUGUGAAGCAUGAGUUCCUCACGCCAGUGAUUCCGGAACUGAGUGUAUCUUCAGUUUCAUCCCAGACUACCAGUCCCAUUAUGCCCAAGCUUCAUGUGCCAGAGCCAAUUAUCAAGCAUGUCGAUGUCAUUAAGUAUAUUGAACGCGAGCCAGAGGUCCCCGAGCUGUCCUUCUCCUCGAUCACCACACAGACCACCGCGCCUAUCAAGGCAACUCUUGCUGUGCCUGAACCCGUCAUCAAAUAUGUUGAUGUAAUUAAACAUGUCGAGAAGGAGCGCGAGGUGCCCGAGCUGAGCUUCUCGUCUAUUGGGACUCAAUCUACUGCACCCAUUUUACCUGUUCAGGCAACCGCUCCUGAACCAGAGCCGGUGAUUAAGUACGUUGAUGUCAUCAAACACGUCGAGAAGGAGCGUGAGGUGCCUGAGUUGAGCUUCUCGUCUAUCACCACUCAAUCUACAUCGCCCAUCAAGGCUACACCUACUGAGCCGGAGCGUGUUAUUGAAUAUGUUGAUGUUAUUAAACACGUUGAGCGUGAGCGGGUAUUGCCCGACCUGACGUUGUCGUCCAUCACUACUCAGUCUAGGUCGCCCGUCAAGGCUAUCCCUGCUGAGCCGGAGCGUGUUAUUGAAUACGUUGAUGUUAUUAAACACGUUGAGCGUGAGCCUGUGUUGCCUGAGCUGACGUUCUCGUCUAUCACCACUCAAGCUACAUCUCCCGUCAAAGCUACUCCUGCUAAGCCGGAGCGUGUCAUUGAGUACGUCGAUGUCAUCAAGCAUGUGGAGCGUGAGCCCGACGUACCUCAAUUAAACUUCUCGUCUAUCAAGACUCAAACAACGGCACCUAUCAGAUCAACUGUUGCUCAGUUGGAGCCUGUCAUCCAAUACGUCGAUGUCAUCAAGCACGUUGAGCGUGAGCCUGAAGUUCCUGACUUGACUUUCUCUAAAAUCACCACUCAGUCUACCGCGCCUGUCAAGGUCACUGUUCCUGAACCAGUCAUCCCUGAUUUGACAAUCUCUUCUAUUGACCCGACAUAUACGGAGCCGGCCAUUCCAAAGCCUCGGGCUAUUCCUGCGCCGCCAGCACUGUCUUUCUCCUCUGUGUGCUCUGUGGAAACUCAGCCUGUGCAGUCUGUAUCACCUGCCAUUUCUAUGGUGGCACACCUGUCUACUCAAACUGAGCCAACGGAAGCCUCAAAGGUCGCAAUGCUUGUUCAUGAGGAUUCUAACGAGACAACUCGUGACCGUGCUAAUUCCAACAACAGUGACGAACUCGCUGGUGCUGGGCUGGCUCUGAACGAUAUCUCAGGCAAUGCUCUUGCUCGCUCCACCAGAAGACAAUCUAGCUUUGUCACCAUGGACCAUGGUGCGCAGACAAUCCUGUCUUCCAAGCAAAUCGACCAAAUUCUCAUGGAACGUGGCUCUGUACGCCCACAUACUUCAGACAGUCAACUCACAGGGCAAUCGAGGGAGUCUGCUGUGGCCGGCGCAGCCGCUGCAGCACCAUUCGUUACACCCAAGCCUCAGUCUCGACCUCGUCUUUCGCAGAUUCAAUCUGCCAGAUCGACGCCCAGCUCCCGUCGGCCUCACAGCGCUACAAGCCAAGCAUCUGGUCUCAGUGCUCACCCGCCCCUGCCGAGCGAUCACCGAGAGGCAAUCAUGGCCGCCGAGAAGAAGUCUGUUGAUGCAGCACCACCAUCCCCCACCAGUGUCAUGGGUCCUCCUUUGGCACCCGCCUCUGCCUAUCGCAUGAACACUCAGCGACCGCUGACGCCGAACGAACAGGCUACGCGAUCUGGCUCUGCGAGAACCGUUUCGUCCCAGGCCAGAAUGAGGAGAGGCAGUCAAAGCCAGAUGUCGCGACGAUCCUCAGUUUCUUCCUUCGCGUCCGAGAUCGAGGAGCGUUUCAACAUGAACCCCCAUGCCGGUCCUAUGCCUCAGGGCUAUGGACCUAACACUGAUCCUCGCAUGAUCCAGGCCAUCACUCAGACCAUGAUUGGUGAAUUCCUGUGGAAGUACACUCGCAAGACCGGUUCGUCAGAGAUGUCUUCAACAAGGCACAGAAGAUACUUCUGGGUCCAUCCCUACACCCGUACAUUGUACUGGAGCGCGCACGACCCGCAAACCGCUGGAAAGAGCGAGCUUCGUACCAAGAGUGUGCCUAUUGAGGCUGUGCGAGUGGUUGCUGAUGAUAACCCUUACCCACCAGGUCUCCACUGCAGGAGCUUAGAGGUUGUCAGCCCCGGCCGACGGGUUCGGUUCACGGCUACGACCAGCCAGAGACACGAGACUUGGUUCAACGCUUUGUCCUAUCUCCUUUUGAGAGAGACCAACGACAACUGUGAAGACCAUAACAGCGUGACCCUCGAUGACAUCGACGAGUUCAAUCCUAGCUUCCGAUCUAGUUCUCGACAGGGAACAAGGAUGUCAUUCUCCUCUUACAACAGUCGCACGGCUCGUAAUGCACCCAAGCAACAACGAGCGGCGUCUGCUAUGUCCAUGCGGUCUGGCGGGGGUCGAGCAUCACCGGCGCUUAGCACACCCGGUGCAAACUCAUUGCAAGUCCCCGACGAAGCCCAUCAACGCUCUUCAUCCCGAUUGAGCACGAUCUCCAGCUCAAUCCGGGGCUCAAUUGCCAGUCUGAAGGGACGGCACGGCGCUCAGUCUCCCAGCAUGCUUGAUGAAAGCAUUCGCGGCCAAGACAGCGUUGAUGACUUGAGACAUGCCCAUGAUACUCAAGACCUGGACCGACUUGAAAAUGUCCGUGCCUGCUGUGAUGGCAAGCACGACGUGGGUUCUCUCUCACGUACUAGCCGGUACAGUCCCAGAGUCGAUCGCAUCCACUCCCCCCACCCUCAUUGA